AUGCGAAAAGAAAAAGACGGACACGUGAAACUUGAAAGUAGUGUUAGCGAAAAACCAGUGUUAGUUAAAGCCGAGCUAGUGUGGACUCAGUGCAGUGAGGUUGGAGAUCUCGCUUUUUGUAUCACGAAUCGUAUUGGGGGGAAUGGGAGUUUGCUGCGGCUGCUUUUUUAUUUUAGACUGAAUAGUGUAGAUAACCAGUUUGAUUACUUAUUCCUUUCUCAUUGUUACAGCAUAGGUCAUAUUGUAUUACUUAUUUUAUCAUUUUAA